GCAGAAUCAUAAACCUCAAAAAGUGGCUUCGAGAUAAACAUGAAUUGAACUCGACACUUGUGAGCAUUCAUUGGUGGCAACCGUUUGAUUGCGCAGCAGCCUGCAAGUUGCCUGGAAUAGCAAGUUGGCACAGGGACCAGUUCGGGAACGUUUCCGGAUGUGUGUCACAGAGUCUAGUUGAAGUCUUGGGUGCAUAACGAUGAAUUUGACAAACAUCUCUCACGUGGACGAGAAUGGGUACUUGACAACAAUGGUUUGGCCACUGCCAUCAUGAAUCUGAGAAAAAAUAACAAAGAUUAAGAUGAGGUGAUGCCAAAAGAAAAGCAGAACAACUUACAAAUUCCCUGCACUUAAAUUUCUGAGGUGUGUCUAGGGAUGGUUUUUGUCCACAGCAGCCCAGUCACUGGCCAGUAUGUGGUGAAAUCCUCAUGGACUGCCAACCUUGGAUUGGAAGGCAACUGCGAAGGUAUGAUGAAUCACGCAAACUAGAGUAUGUUCUAGUAGUUGGUCGCAGCCUCGGCCUUAUUUGUGUGUAAAGGCCUUGGGUCGGAAAGAGUUCAUGUGGAUAGCACCACCAAGGGCCGCACAGUCCAUCCAGACUCUUCAGGUGUGGUUGUACAUUCAGAUGGUGACCUGCUUCCCUCCAAACCCCAACGGCCCCAAAAAGCGCAUCCGAGAAUGCCAUGAAAUCCAAGGCGGAACCAGGGCACUUGCACCGGGCACGGCCUUUGCCAGGCCGCGGCCAGAGCCAAAUGCUGGUGGCCAGCUUUGUGAACCCAGUGCUCUUCACGCUUCCCUUUGGCUUUAAGGUCUAUACCUAUGGCGUCUUCAUUGCCGCGGCAUUGUUCUCCUGCGUGGUCGUGGUCGAAAGCGAGCUCAAGCGACUGAAGGUCUCAGCCGACGGGGCCAUGAUGAUGUUAGCCUUCAUCCCUGGCUUCGGCAUUGGCUCCAAGGUACACCUCCUGGUCUCCGCCAUUGCUGCCGGUGGUGCUGUGCCAAACAUGUCCCUGGAGUCAGGCCAUAGCUUUAUGGGCUCCGCAGUGGGUGGCCUUUUGACGGCAGCAGCCUAUGGCUUGUGGUGCGGCUUGAGGCCUUUGCCCUUGUUGGACAUCAUCGCGCCGUUGGUGCCAUUAGGCCAUGCUGUGGGAAAGAUCGGUUGCUUCCUUUCGGGUGAUGGCUGCUAUGGCCCGCGCAGCGAUGCCCCAUGGGCCGUCUCGUUUCCCAACGGAUUAAUGCCCACGAAAGAGGCGGUGCAUCCGACUCCCUUGUACGAGUGCACGUUGUCCAUGACGCUCUUUCUCUUUCUGCACUUCUUUGUGUCGCUGCCGUCAGAAGGCGGCCCUUCUCGAAACGUAGGCGUUCGGAGUGCCCUGACCUUGUCGUUGUAUGGCCUGGAACGCAUGGCCAUCGAGCCCUUCCGAAGGCAUCCUCCGAGUGAAUACUUGUUUGGCCUCACGGAGUAUCAGUUCCUGGCGGUGAUCUUCAUCUUGCUUGGCGGGGUGCUUUACAUCCUGGGCGGGACAACAGACCCCUGGCCUUUGCGCUUUCCAAAGAAGGAAAACGCUGAAGAGACGGAAGAGAAGACGGAGGAUGAGAAGAAGGAGGAUUGACGACCUGAAAAAGGUCUCGAAGGGCUUUGCCAACAACCCUGUGAGAACGUGACGUGUCCAAAGUAGAUUGUGCUUCUGCAGCUGCAGCCCAAAGUUGGCUGAAAAACAAGCUCAGUCAAUUCGAUCCUCUCAUGGCAAGGCCUAACGUGGCGCUGUGGGAAUGGCAUGUGCUCGCAAAUAGCGCCAGAGAAGCUCUGCAGUCGCCCGACACCGGAUGGCAAAC